GGGGGGAUGUUUUGUGCGAUAUGGUGAACAAUGGGGUGCUGACGAAUUUCUUUAAAAAGGUUUGACUGAAAACAUGGAAACAAGACAUUCAGUCAUCAUGUCAUACAGCUACAGCAUGAUCGGCGGUCCCACUAUGAUCACCAGACAGAGCCGCAGCUACACAUCAAGUGCUGCCCCAAAGGCUCACAGUGUGUCAGGAUUCAGCCUUAGGGGAGGCCCUCGCAUCUCCUCUUCCAGCGUUCGCACUGUCUCCUCUGGAUAUGGUGGUGGAUAUGGUGGUGGAUAUGGUGGUGGUUAUGGGUCUAGCAGUGGUGGAUUCGACCUGUCCGGUGCCAUGGACCAAAGCAGCAUCCACCUGAAUGAGAAGGCCACCAUGCAGAACCUGAAUGACCGUCUGGCCUCCUACCUGGAUAAGGUUCGCUCUCUGGAGGCAGCCAAUGCCAAGCUGGAGAUGCAGAUCAGAGAGUACUAUGAGAAGAAGGGCCCUGCAGCAGAGAGGGACUACAGCAACUACUGGGCCAUUAUCAACGACCUGAAGGACAAGAUUGGUGCCGCCACCAUCGGCAAUGCCAACAUCCUCCUCCAGAUUGACAACUCCAAACUGGCUGCUGAUGACUUCAGAACCAAAUUCGAACAUGAGCUGAUGAUGCGCCAGUCAGUCGAGGCUGACAUCGCCAACCUGCGUCGCCUGCUGGAUCAGACCACUCUGACCAAAGCUGACCUGGAGAUGCAGAUCGAGGGCCUGCAGGAUGAGCUGGCCUACCUCAAGAAGAAUCACGCAGAGGAGCUGGCAGCAAUGCGUUCUCAGCUCACCGGCACAGUCAAUGUGGAGGUUGAUGCUGCACCCCAGCAGGACCUCAGCAAAGUCAUGGAGGAGAUCCGCGCCCAGUAUGAAACCAUCACUGACAAACAUCGUCGCGAUCAAGAGACCUGGUUUAAUGAGAAGUCGGCAGCCUUGACCAAGGAGGUGGCAAUCAGCACAGAAACAAUCCAGACGUCCAAGACAGAGAUGAGUGACCUGCGGCGCUCACUGCAGGGCCUGGAGAUUGAGUUGCAGUCUCAGCUCAGCAUGAAAGGUGCCCUGGAGAACACGUUGGCAGAGACAGAUGCUCGUUACAGCGCCAUGCUCGCUGGCUUCCAGAACACAAUCAACAUGCUUGAAGCAGAUCUAGGCAAUGUACGCGGCAGCAUCGAACAGCAGGGCCAGGACUACAGGAUGCUGCUGGACAUCAAGACCAGGCUAGAGCAGGAGAUCGCGACCUACAGGAGCCUGCUGGAAACAGAGGAGUCGAGACCCAUGAGUACAGGGGGCUCUAAGACCACAAUCUCAACCACUGUGAGAACUUCCAGCUAGGAGGUCCAACUGGCAGGACAAGCUGUUCUCAGACACAUACACACACACACACACUCUGACUAAGGAAAGCUGUUACAUGAGAUAAGUGAAACUGUACUGAAAAUACCUGAGCUGUGCUGAUAAGGAAGCUCCUGUUUAAGUUUAUGAAACAAUUCAGAAGAAAUGCCUGACUCUCUGUGAGUGUGUGUUUAUGUGUUCAUUCUGAAAAAUAAACUCUGCUGU